AAAUUGAAAAUGAAAACAAAAAAAGUCUGAUAAAUUUUUUUUAGUCAUUUAAAGUGUUUUCAUCUGUUUUUUUUGUAUUUUCUCUCCUGAAUUUGAUUGCAGGUGUUUUUCUCUCGACACAUUGAUAUUUAAGUACUGCAACGUUUUAAAAAGAAUUACAGUUUUACGCACAGAUGGAAUUUAACAGUUCACAAAAUUAAAAAUAUACCAAAAGUUUUCAAGUUCUCUUUAGGAGAGCAUUAUUGAAAAAAAAGGAAAAAAAGAUCGUCUGAUAUUGUACUUUUAAGAAGUUCAUUAAUAAUAGAUUCUAAACGUGUUUGAAAGAAUUUAAAAAAAAGAAGAAAAAGAAGCAGAAAGUGUUCUAACCGUAGUACCAAAAGUAGAACUGACUGAAGUAAGAAAACAGAAUGUCAUUUUUGUUUAAAAAGUCACAUUCGAAAGGCAAUGAAGAAACAGUGGAUCGACGUCAUCAUUCAAAGGAGAAGUCAAAAAGUCACCAUCAGCAACCACCGCCAGAUUUCAAAGAGCAAGCUAUGAGGUACGGUUUGAAUAUGAAAUCUCAGCGGGAUCAGCAGCUGAGUGAGCAAAGAAAAAUAGAACAAAAAAUGGCUAAACAAACUGGUCGAAAGUUACCGAAAUCCACCGGUGGGUCGCAAACAGAGGAUAUAAGAACUGCGUUUAAAGUUGCAAAUUUUAUUCGAAAACAUAAACAAUGAAAUUCAAGUGGAAGUUUAUCUAAUUUAAUGUACAGAUUUGGUUAUAUGUUUUCGAAUUUAAAAACAGCUUCGCAUUUCAAGAUUAUCGUAUAUAAAAAUGGGUGUUUUAAUCCCAAAAAAGAAAAACAAGAAAAUUAUGUAAUAUAUGUAUUAUAAAGAAUGCUACACGCUUUUUCUUUUAAAAGAAUAUGAUUGAUAAAAAUGUCAGGCUGUGAUUUCCAGUUAUAAACAAUAAGUCUAUGUUCGAACAAUAGAAAAAUAAGAAAAUGUCCAGUCUGCUUAGAAUUUUGAUUUUCUUAUAGUCUUCACAAAAAGAUUUUAAACAGUAGUUAACUACCGAAGACUUUUAUUAACAUUUUGUUUUAUAUUUUCCUUAAUUAAUUA